AUGGAGCAAGACCAAUACAAGCCAAGAGACUCGUUCACUCACCGUCUCAACCCCGGCCUUCUUGGUAAGCAAUCGGGAGGUGAUCCAGAGGCUAAGCAGCGGCAGCAGAAGCGGGCGGCAAGUGAGGAGAAGAUGAACAAGGGAGGCGAGCAGGGAGCAGCAGCAGGGGUUAAGGACAAGGAGAGGAGGAAGAGACGGGAUGGUGACAAGGCUCCACCGAUCGUUGUGCAUCAGUUCCCCUUCCACUCUCGCACCGGCUUGCUCUGA